AUGAAGUUCUCCAAGGCGACCAUCUCGGUGGUGCUGAUGGCCGCGGCUGGGUCCGCCCAUCCAGUGGCGCCGGUCGAGGACGUCAAGGAGGCCGAUCUUGUGCCUCGCCAGGGCGGGUGUGCCGACAUCCACGUCGUCUUCGCCAGGGGCACCACCGAGAUCGGCACCCUGGGUACCAUCGUGGGGCCGCCGCUCUCGGGUGCGCUCCGGUCCACAGCCGGCGGCAGGUCGACCGAGGUCGAGGGGGUCCCCUACCCCGCCGCUGUGUCCGGGUUCCUCGCCGGCGGGGACCGGCGCGGCAGCGCGACCAUGGCCCAGAUGGUCACGUCCAAGGCUGCCGCCUGCCCAAACACCAAAAUCGUCAUGGCGGGCUACUCGCAGGGCGGCCAGCUGGUGCACAACGCGGCCGAGCAGCUGCCCGCCAGCGUGGCGUCGCGUGUCAGCGCCGCCGUCAUCUUCGGCGACCCCAAGAACGGCGAGCCGGUCGCGCAGAUCCCCGCGUCGCGCACCAUGAUUAUCUGCAACAGUGGUGACAACAUCUGCUCCGGGGGCGUCCUGAUCUUCGCGCCGCAUCUCACGUACGGCGCCGACGCUGGCAGCGCGGCCCGGUUUAUCGCGGCCCAGUCUGCCUAA